AUGCCGGGCUUCACCUGCUGCGUGCCGGGCUGCUACAACAACUCGCACCGCGACAAGGCGCUGCACUUCUACACGUUCCCCAAGGACGAGGAGCUGCGGCGCCUCUGGCUGAAGAACGUCUCCCGGGCGGGCGUCAGCGGCUGCUUCAGCACCUUCCAGCCCACCACAGGCCACCGCGUCUGCAGCGAGCACUUCCAGGGCGGCCGCAAGUCCUACCUGGUGCGGGUCCCCACCAUCUUCCCGCUGCGCGGCGUUAACGAGCGCAAGGCGCAGCGCGCCGCCCGCCGCCCUCGUCCCGCUGCCGCCGCUGCUGCUGCCGCCGCCGCCUCCGCCGCCGCGCAGGGCCCCGGUGCCGCCGCCGAGGCCCCGGCAGGGGGCGCGGCCGAGGACGUGAAGCCGAUCGACCUGACGGUGCAGGUGGAGCUCGGGGCCGGGGCAACUGCUGCGCCCGGCCCCGGGAGGGUACCGGCGGCGGCGGGGGAGGAGGUGCCGGUGGAGGGCGGCCCCCCGGACCACUCGUACUCGCUGUCGUCGGGCACCACGUCGGAGGAGCUGCUGAGGAAGCUGAACGAGCAGCGCGACAUCAUCGCGCUGCUGGAGGUGAAGAUGAAGGAGAUGAAGGGCAGCAUCCGCCGCCUGCGCCUGGCCGAGGCCCAGCUCCGGGAGGAGAUCCGCGAGAAGGACCGGCUGCUCCACGCUGCCACCGCUGGGACCCGCAAGCGCCACGGCCUCUGAGGGCCACCGGGGCCCGGCCCGGGCCAGGGGGACACCCGGCACACCGGGGCACAGGGCUCUCCACCCCAGAGCCUCCGCUGCCCUCGCUGAGGUGCCAGGACAGAGCAGAGAUGGGAUGGACUGCAGCCCCACAGCCCCCUGUCUCUGGCUGCCUGACCCUCCUGCCCUCACCGAACCAGCCCCCAGACGGACAAGCCAUCACCAUUGGAUUCUCCUGCCUAGACGGGGUGGCCGCUGCCAACUCAAUGCCAAGCCCCAUUACCAAUCCAGCGUUAUCCCAGAGCUAGCACUGCGGGCGCCCAUCAGCAUCCCAUCCGCACUGGGCCCAUCAGACCCCUCUCUGUGCCGGCAGUGGCAGAAAGCGCUUCUUUUGGUGUAUAUGGGACCCAUGUCACCACGAAGUGGACGCGGAAUAUCAGUUUUCAGCAAAUAAACUCUCUCUGUGUGAAGUGAGGUAGCAGCAACACUACCCCCUGGAGAAGGCGUGUCUGACAGCGUGGUUGGCACUGUACCCUUCGUCGGAAUGAACGUCGAUGUCAUGGUUGGCCUCGCUUAGCAGAGGCACAAGGAAAGCUUUAGAAACCCUCUCAGGGUGAUGUGUUUCUUCAGUAAAUUACUGAUGCCAUAAAAGACUGCUGUUUCUAGUGUGAAAGAAUCCCCAGAUUAAAGAGUGCUCUUGUACUAUGUAGUUUUUGCUUUCUCCGCAGUAUGUAUUUGUUACAGAUGUCUCUGCUCUCAACACUAGUAAGGAUUACAAUCUGGUACAAAGAACCCGGUGGCAUUUGACGGCUGUAGUUUAUCUCAUUGGCUUAAGAACUCCCUCUAAUGAAACGGAGGCUUUGUAACACAUAGGAAUUUAAAUCCUUGGCUUUCGUUCAGAGAACUGGGACAAAACAGAAGCAAAGCAAGUUUAUCUGCAGUGGUUGCAAACUCUUGCUGUUUAAUCCUAAACUAGUUGGCAUGACUAAUAAUCUGUACAUUAGGCAAGACCUUACUGAAAUGUGCUUGCGUGUUCUAAACUGAGAUUUAAGACUCUUGUAAUCAAUCUAUGUGGAAUGAUUGUGUAGUUUCUGUUUCUAGCCAGCAUUAGGCCCCUCACUGUCAGGAACAGGAAACCAAAUCGGCGUUGGCUAGAAAGAUGGUGGAACGAGGGUAGCAAGGCUGGCCUGAGCAUGUACUUCAGGUUAGCCAGCGGAACAGAUACCUCAGCACUGAGGAGGAAGAGGAAGGUAUCUGGUGCUCCUGUGUGGCUCUCUGGUGAUGUGUACUUGGGGGGGAUAAAGCUUCAAUAGCGACGGAUGUUGGGAACAAGAGGCAGUUCACCACAGUGUGCCCAUAACGACGUGCGAAGGAGGAGUGCCUGAGUGUCCGCUGGCUCUGUGAGAUCUUCCUCCUGUAACCAGAGCGCGUUACACUCGAGAGAUCGGGAUGUCUGUUUUACUAAAUUUUAUAGAAGUAUUUUCUAAAUGUAAAAAGUAUCUUUAGUUUGAAAAUAUUGUAAUCUUUGUAACACUGGCUAACGUAGCUUUACAAUUGUCUGUUUUGAUGCUCUGUAUGACUGAACAAAAGGGCACAGUGGGAUUUGGUAGCUGGAGGUUUAUCUAUUGAUCAUGUAGCCCAUUCAGCUAACGGCAGUGGUUGUCACAGCCUGCUAUGUGAUGCAUGGGUCAUUUUUCUAUUAAUGUGUGUGCUGAGUUGGAUGGUCGACCGUAAGGAUACUACAGGUCUACUCAUGUACUAAGUAUUUCCCAUUAUUUCAUUUUAAUUUAUUUUCUCCAACCUGAUACGUAGCUCUUAACUUCAGCUCCGUGGUAUACUGAUUUUCCUGCAAGUCAAGUAAGCUGCAGUUUGUGGGUUGGUUUGUUUGUGUGUUUUCUUUUUGUAGGGAAAGCAGAUACCUGCUACACCAUCUGAUUUAACAUAUGUAAUUGGUCCAGCAGAUCUAUAUAGGCAAUAGACAAUAGGCAGCACAACGUCUCUCCUCACGGAUAGACCGGUUGCAGGCCCUAGCUUCUUGAGAACGUGCGUGUCCUCACAGUCGUGGUACUUUUUCUACCAUUGGAAUGCACUUCAGGACGUUCAGCCAUUCGGCCUGCUGGACUGGUUAACUGCUGGACUCUUCCACUUCUCCAGGUUACACUGAGGUGCUAACAUGCUUAAUUUUAAUAAAGUAUAUUUUGUUUUGUUAUGUUUCCCA